CGAUAUUGACAAUUUUGUAAAUGUAAAUAUGCAGGUGCGCUUGCCGGACACAGAGUGUAUUUAUGUAAAUAUAACUACCGAGGGGCACCGAAACCACUGAGCUGUUUCUCCUCGCGCCAUGGCUUGUCCCGCACAACUGCUGUCAACAGACCUUACUAGUUGACUUCCUCAGGAACGAUGUCAAACAGAUAGUUAUUUAAAAGUUUAUUUGACUUGGGAUUUCUUGUAAUCACGGUGUCAUGAUGCCCCAGUUAACAGUGGCAACCAUCCUGCAGCUCACCCUACUGCUCUCCGCACUACCAGCCCAGUACCUCAUCUCCCGGUGGACCGGAGCGUCCGUAGCGCAGCGCUACCACGCCACCAAACGGUUGUUGGGUAUGUGGGGUGAGUGGAGGAAGUCCUACCUGAACACCACUGUCUGGACAGAGUGGAUCGCAGACCUUAUGGAUAGAAUCACGGUGCUGGUGGGAGGGGAAGAGGAGGGAGAGGUUCCUGGAGAGUCUCCUGCUCUGGAGGUCAUGCUGCAAGACAACGACCUGGGCUUCUUUGGAGCUUCCCGGUCGGUCCGUAGGCCGCGCCCCCCCUUUGUCUUCCUGCGUGUGGGUGAUGUCGUCAUGGAGCGGAAUGGUCACAUGAUCGGGGUGAUCGUCAGCUGGGACCCAGAGCUCCGAGCCCCCCCAGAGUGGAUAAGCAGGGUGCACCCAAAUGAGGAGGUAGCUUUGCUAUGGAAAGAAGUUUUGAAGUUGAGGACUUUUCCCAUUCUGACUGACUCGUCAUCUCGAUGGUCAGCUAAUUGAGUUCUAUGUAGGCUAAAGCCUGCGCUGACCUUGUGUUUUGCCAUGCUGACAGCAGUU